AUGGCAGAAGCCAGAUUUUCUCAGGAUGAGUUCACGUGUCCAGUGUGUCUGGAUCUCCUGAAGGAUCCAGUGACCAUUCCCUGUGGACACAGUUACUGUAAGAGCUGUAUUACAGGCUGCUGGGAUCAGGAGGAUGAGAAGAGAGUCUACAGCUGCCCUCAGUGCAGACAGACCUUCAGUCCAAGACCUGCUUUAGCUAAAAACACCAUUCUGGCUGAAGUGGUGGAGAAACUGAAGAAGACUAAACUUCCUGCUGACUGUUACGCUGGAGCUGGAGACGUGCAGUGUGAUGUCUGUACUGGAAGAAAAUACAAAGCUGUCAAGUCCUGUCUGGUGUGUCAGGAGUCUUUCUGUCAAACUCAUUUUGACCGUCAUGAGGAAUAUCACUCUCGUAAACCACACAAAGUGAUCGAUGCCACCGGACGACUGCAGGACAUGAUCUGUCGUAAACAUGAUAAAGAGCUAGAAAUGUUCUGUAUCACUGAUCAACAAUGCAUCUGUGUGUGGUGUAAGGAGUAUGAACAUAAAAACCACAACACUGUAUCAACUGCAGCACAGAGGACAGAGAAACAGAAACAGCUGAAGGAGACGCAGAUGAAGAUCCGUCAGAGAAUCCAGCAGAGACAGAAAGAUCUUCAGCAGCUGAGAGAGGCUGUGGAGUCUCAUAAGCGCUCUGCACAGACAGCAGUGGAGGACAGUGAGAGGAUCUUCACUGAGCUCAUCUGCUCCAUUGAGAGAAGCCGCUCUGAGGUCACACAGCUGAUCAGAGAUCAGGAAAAGGCUGCAGUGAGUCGAGCUGAAGGACGACUGGAGCGACUGGAGCAGGAGAUCAAUGAUCUGAGGAGGAGAGACGCUGAGCUGGAGCAGCUUUCACACACACAUGAUCACAUCCAUUUCCUGCAGAGUUUCCAGUCUCUCUCAGCACCUCCUGAAUCUACAGACGAACCCGACGAUCCCUUCAGAUCUCUUUUCUCUUUUGAUGGCGUGAGAGAAUCUGUCCGUCAGCUGAGAGACAAACUGGAGGAUUUCUGCAAAGAGGAGAUCAAGAAGAUCUCUGACAGAGUCACAUUCACCAACAUGAAUCCCAGGACCAGGAAUGACUUCCUCCAGUAUUCCCAUCAGCUCACUCUGGAUCUGAACACAGUGUAUAAACAUCUCCGUCUGUCUGAGAGGAACAGAGUGAUUACUUACACUAACACAGUCCAGCCGUAUCCUGAUCAUCCAGGCAGAUUUGAUCAGAGGUGUCAGGUGUUGUGUAGAGAGAGUGUGUGUGGACGCUGUUACUGGGAGAUUGAGUGGAGUGGGAGUGUGUUUAUAUCAGUGUCAUAUAAGAGCAUCAGCAGGAAGGGACGGGGUUAUGAGUGUUUGUUUGGAUAUAAUGAUCAGUCCUGGAGUUUGUACUGCUCUUCCUCCAGUUACUCAUUCAUACACAAUAACAUAGUGACUGUUCUCCCUGUAAAGUCCAUCAGCAGUAGAAUAGGAGUGUAUGUGGAUCACAGUGCAGGAACUCUGUCCUUCUACAGCGUCUCUGACACAAUGAGCCUCAUCCACACAGUCCAGACCACAUUCACUCAGCCGCUCUAUCCUGGGUUUUAUGUUAAUACUGGAUCAUCAGUGAAACUGUGUUGAUGUUUCAGAAUAAACUGUAGAGAGAUUUUACCCAUAAUACUUUGAGCUGCAUGAUCAAUCAGUAACAGUGAGAUAUUAUAGAGUCUCUUAUUUUCUCUGUUACAUUACAGUUUUUUUCAACUGCUUACACACAUUUUCAAAACUUUGCUUCUUUUUUUUUUUCAAAACUUUACACACAAAUCCAAGAAUUACACACACAAAAUGCCAAAUGCCUCACAUCUCUUGCAAAAUGAAGCACUGCAUUCAAAAUAUCACAGACACAUCUCAAAAGCACCUUUGCCAUAAUAUUAUAUUUUUGGAUCUAUCAUAUACACACAGUUAUGAAAAGUUAUGAAAGUAAUUGGCAGAGAGAUGUUGAAAAAUUCAGGGUAAACAUGAAAGCAAGAUUGAAACCAAACUAUUAUUUUGGUUAUUAUUUUUUACCAUAAGCAUUUGUGGUUGUGAAUACAGUAUUACACAGUACGAAAGAAAAAAAAUACAUCAACCGUGUGUAGAUGGACAGAAACAAUGGUUGUGUUUGAAAAAGGAAAUCAAGAUACUUCCUGUUAGAUUUGUGUGUGUUACAUAGAGAAUUGUGUGUUGUUUUUUGCAAAAAGUGUUUUAUGAAAUUGAAAACUGAGUCGAAGGCCGAGAAAUAGCAUAUGGUUUUGCAGAUUUGGUGUGUGCUUCUGCUGUUUGAGUGUCAGGUUUCAGAAACUGUGUGACAAGAAUAUGGAUUUUGUGUGUAAGCAGUUGAAAAAAAAAAUCACAGUUUUUUUGUGUGAGGAAAAUGCCAGGAAAAUUAUAAUGCAGAAGAUGAGGGAUGAAGAAGCACUUUCUGAGAUUUCAGAUAUUGGGUCAAGUGAUAGAAGAAGCUCUUUAGAAGAAAUAAAUGAAUUUCUUGACACAACAUUUGGUAAAGUUGUUGAUGUAAGAGAGUUCUUUAUAUGUUUUUACAUAGUUCUGGAAAAACAGUGAGCUCUGAAGUUCUGGAUAAAAGGAAAAGAUUCCGGCUGAAAAAGAUACUAACAAAAUGAAGGAAAAAUAAAGUGCAAGCUUCAUGAACACAGUUACAUGAACACAAAUCACAAGUGGCGUUCUUUACUAUUUUACUUUUAUAAACAAUCAUACAUUCGUGACAUUGACUGAGCUGAAGAUCUGCUUAAAGAGUUUCCUCAGUGUGGAGAAAAACAAAAAUCUGGACACCAGUAGCUCUGUUGGGUUUGGACUAUUGAUAUAUUGAUACAUUGUAAUGUUUGUGAUGGUGAAAGCAGAAGGUGGUUUAAGUGCUCCAAUAUCUGUGACAAGAGGCACGAGACAAGGUUGUCCACUUUCUGGACAAUUAUAUGGCCUGAUUAUUGAAACUUUAUUAUAUAGGUUGAGAAAGAAUCUAAAAGGAGCUUUAAUCCAUAGAUAUAUAUCUGCUUUAAUUCCCUUAAAUGUUAAGGGGAUAGUUCACCUGAAAAUGAGCUUGUUAUUUUACUUAAUUUUUAAAUAAGGAUAUUUGUCUUACACAAAUGCAUCGAUUCACUUCAGAAGGCCUUUAUUAACCCCCCAGAGCCGCGUGGAGUAUGUUUAUGAUGGAUGGAUGUACUUUUUUAGACUUCAAAAACUCAUCCUCAAAUCACUCCUAUUAUUAAGCUUGGACGAGCCAGAAUAUUUUUAAUAUAACUCUGAUUGUGUUUGGCUGAAAGAAGAAAGUCAAAUACACCAUGGCUUGAGGGUGAGUAAAUUAUGGAGUAAUUUCCAUUUUUUGGGUGAACUAUUCCUUUAAUGCUCAUUGUAACGUGGUUUCAUCAGCUCAUGCAGAUGACAUUACAGUUUUUAUUACAGCACAAGAAGACAUUGUAAUUUUAACACAAACUAUUGAAUUAUAUGAAAAGCCUCCUCUGCUAAGCUUAAUUGGACAAAAAGUGAAGGAUUUAUUUUUUGGCAAUUGGGAAAAUUUAGCAGUUCCACAACCAUGUAAAAUGGGUCAUCAGGUAAAGUGGGCCGUUUAAGCUUGAUUGUACUGAGCUCAAUGGGUUUACACUUUCAGAGCAUAACAAUGAUUUUGAGUUAAUCAAAGAGACACUAUUUUUUUUUUUACAGUUGUUUUCAACUGCUUACACACAUUUUUAAAACUUUGUCUCUUUUUUUCAAAACUAUAGACACAAAUAUAGACACAAAUCCAAGAAUUACACACACCAAAUGCAAAAUGCCUCACAUCUCUUGCAAAAUGUAGCACUGCAUUCAAAAUAUCACAAACACAUCUCAAAAGCAAACAUUUUUCUUACUUUGCAAACACAUUUGCCAUAAUAUUAUAUUUUUGGAUCUAUCACAUACACAGUUAUUCAAAACCUAAAGCUCUUCUUUCAUGAGCUCCUCCAUUUCUGUACAAGAUUGAGAGUAAUUGGCAGAGAGAUGUUGAAAAAUUCAUGGUAAGCAUGAAAGCAAGACUGAAACCAAACUAUUUAUUUUUUUUACUGUAAGCAUGUGUGGUUGUGAAUACAGUAUUACACAGUACGAAAGAAAAAAAAUACAUCAACCAUGUGUAGUUGGACAAAAAAAAAUAGCAACCAAAAAAAAUAGCAUAAUUUUGAAACAGGUGAAUAUUCCAAGGAAUGGUGUGUGUGUGUGUGUGUGUGCAGGUAAUACCAGUGCUUAAGUCCCUACAAGGAAACAAGCUUAUACGUAAAUCAUACAGAAUGAUGUUUUCUGAAAAUCUAAAAUAGCAGAAUGUUUUCUGUCACGGGUAGGUCUAGUGGUAGGGUUAGUGUAGGGAGACAGAAUAUACGGUUUGUACAGUAUAAAAACCAUUACGCCUAUGGAGAGUCACCAUUUAACAUGGAAACCCAACAUGUGUGUGUUGUGUGUGUGUUUGUUGGUGGGCGAGAGGGUUGGGUGUAUCUAGGCUCCGUCUCUCCUCCUGGCUGGGUCCAGCCACAAUACUUCAUCCACGUCACAUGCUAUGUUCUCUCUUGCAUAUCCUUGGAUGGAGGCAGCGUCAGUGUCUCCACAUGCCUCCUCCAUUGCCUGGAGAGUGUUACAUUGACAUAGGGAAAAGGAUCAUGCACUUUCCAGCACCAUGGGGAGAAAAAAUCCUCAAUAGGGUUUAGAAAUGAUGAAUAUGGAAGCAAGUAGACAACAGAAAAGUUGUUCAAAACCUAUAACUUGACCUUUGGCCUAUUUAUAGGCCUAUUCUAAAGCCAUGAUUGGACGGUGUUAAGUAAAGCAAUGAGUGUUUGUGCUUGUGAGGAGUUAGUGUGAGGCACUGAUGAAUUAGUGUGGCAUUUUGAUUGGUUGUGUUUGAAAAAGGAAAUCAAGAUACUUCAUGUUAGAUUUGGUGUGUGCUUCUGCUGUUUGAGUGUCAGGUUUCAGAAACUGUGUGACAAGUAAGGAUUCUGUGUGUAAGCAGUUGAAAAAAACUGUAAAUGAUCAAAUUAUUUUGGUUGAUGUAAUAUGACACUGGUGGGUGUGGCCACACCUCAAAGGAGGGACACUCGACAGUAAGUGGACUGCGAAGUGGACUUCACAGGGUAUUUCGCCAUCUUAAGUGAGAUUCCAAUCCGAAGGGAGCGAACAUGUUCAGUUCGAAGGGCACUGCGAACGGCAUAGGGAAUAAGGGAACAUCGAUACAUCACUUCACAGGAAGUAGAGAGGUAAAAUCACACAACUGUCAUUGCGCACCGCGUCACCAGUCAGAACUACGAUGGAGCAGAGCCGUUGAAUGAGUUUUUAAACGGCUCUGCGAUGGAGGAAUUUACGCAUGCGUUUUGAGUAUUCAUGAAUGUAGUUAUUCUUAUACGAACGAAAGUAUGAAUGGUUAUGGCGAUGAGUGUUACAUUUGCAUAUUUUAUUGUAUGAAUAGGCAUGACAAAGUAAAAGUGUUGAAAAGCUGA